GAGAAGACGCGAGAAGGAGGGCGGGAGAGGUUCGGUUUCUCCACCUGACUGCUCCGCGGGUGCGGGAAAUACACCGAUUCGGUUCCGUGGGAGACGCCGGGAGGAAGGCGAGGAUCAUGGAUUAAUAUCCGAGACAACGUCCAUCCGAGAGGUUCCCGAUGUUGAACAUGUCCACCCCCAGCGAGCUGAAGUCUCCCUGCGUGACUCGCAACGGGAUGGUGAAGUUGCCCCCCAGCCAGCCCAACGGUCUGGGCAGCGCCAGCAUCACCAAAGGCACCCCUGCUGCCAAGAACCGUCUGUGCCAGUCCUCUUCAGUACCCUCCAUUUUGCCUCCCCCGCCAUCCUCCCUACCCUACCACCACCACCACCACCUGGACAGCGUGGUCAUGCCACAUUCGGCGGCCUCUAUUCUGGGGUCCGACCUGGAACCCGGGAAGCAGCUGUUAGGGCUGAAGAGCCUGCGUCAACUACCCCCUCUCACUUUGCCCAAACCCAUCCUGUUGGAGCGACAGCUGGUCCUGGACGAGAAGCUGCUAAACCGAUUGCUCUGGUACUUCACCACGGCUGAAAAGUGCGUGUUGACGCAGGUAUGCAAGACAUGGCGCAAAGUGCUGUACCAGCCCAAGUUCUGGGAGGGUGUGACACCCAUACUGCACGCCAAGGAGCUUUACACCCUGUUGCCCAACGGAGAGAAGGAGUUUGUCAGUCUUCAGGCCUUCGCCCUGCGAGGCUUCCAGGCGUUUUGCUUAGUGGGCGUGUCAGACCUGGACAUUUGCGAGUUCAUCGACAACUACCCGCUCUCCAAGAAGGGCGUACGCUCCGUCAGCCUCAAGAGGUCCACCAUCACGGACGCUGGUUUGGAGGUCAUGCUGGAGCAAAUGCAGGGUCUGAUGCACCUUGAGCUGUCCGGAUGCAACGACUUCACGGAGGCCGGCCUGUGGUCCAGUUUAAACGCUCGCUUGACGUCGCUCAGUGUCAGCGACUGCAUCAACGUGGCGGAUGACGCCAUUGCCGCCAUCUCGCAGCUUCUGCCCAACCUAUCGGAGCUGAGCCUGCAGGCCUACCACGUCACGGACACGGCCAUGGCCUACUUCACAGCCAAACAGGGCUACACCACGCACACUCUGCGGCUCCACUCGUGCUGGGAGAUCACCAAUCACGGCGUGGUAAACAUGGUGCACAGCCUCCCCAACCUGACGGCACUCAGCCUGUCCGGGUGCUCCAAAAUCACCGACGACGGCGUGGAGCUGGUGGCGGAGAACCUGCGGAAGCUGCGCAGCUUGGACUUGUCCUGGUGCCCCCGGAUCACUGACAUGGCCCUGGAGUACAUCGCCUGUGACUUGCAUAAAUUGGAAGAACUGGUGCUUGACAGAUGUGUACGGGUCACAGACACAGGCUUGGGUUAUUUGUCGACAAUGUCUUCAUUGCGGAGCCUCUAUCUGCGCUGGUGCUGUCAGGUGCAAGAUUUUGGACUGCAGCAUUUAUUCGGAAUGAGGAGUCUUCGUCUUCUCUCUCUAGCAGGUUGCCCCCUGCUGACCACCACCGGCCUGUCAGGGGUCAUCCAGCUGCAGGACCUGGAGGAGCUGGAGCUGACCAACUGCCCGGGAGCCACCGCCGAGCUCUUCAAGUACUUCUCGCAACACCUGCCGCACUGCAUGGUCAUCGAAUAGGACCCCACCCCACCCCACCCCCUAUGGCGGCCAACUGCAAUACUUCCACCUUCCUCUUCUCUACUCUUCCUUCCUCUUUGUAUAAAACGCCAGCCGGGAUUCAGAACGGCGUUCGUCAUCAUCCUCGACCGUCUUCCUCCACCCCCUCCACCCCCCACCAUCCAGCAGGCGGGAGGCUGAUUCAAGGCCGGACGGCGUUCGAUGUCGAGGAGGCUGCAGGAGCGCGGGGUCCUUGUGACGUCUUGUCUGGCCCCCGGAGGAGCUUGGAUGAUACAACUCUUAGCAGGUGGGAUUCUCAAGGUUGGAGGAACUCAAUCCAGGACUUUUGUGUUACGGUGGAAGUCACACACACACACACACACACACACACACACACACACACACACACACACACACACACACACACACGUACGUGUUUACACACUUUGACCGCACUCACAUGCAUACUGUGUGUGAUCAUACUACUAACUCUUAUUUCUUCAUCGCUCUGUAUUAUAUAUAUUCUUUUUCUCCACGCUUCAGUGUUCAGACACAAACCGGACGGAACUCUUAUUUUGGUGAACCUUUUUUUUG